AUGGCUUCUGCUCAGACGAAAAUUUCCACCACAUGUCUUACUUACCUCACAUUCGAAGACUUCUCUUGCGGAAGAGCGACGUGUGAUCAAAGCUUCGAGGAACGGAUUGACCGCCAUAAGCUGCUCCGAUACGCCUCUCGUCAUUGGGGUCAUCAUGCGCGAAAAUGUGAACAAGAACUGCUACAGAAUGAGAACUUCGUCAAUAUUCUACGGAAGUUCUUGGGAAACCGUAGCCUUACAUACGCCGCCGGCCAGGCAAGCAAUGCGGAGGGCUAUUGGAACGGGUACAGCCAGGAACCCGCAUAUUGGCUCUGGUCUCACACUCUGGCAUCUUUUGGGCUGGUGGAGAUCUUUACGCGCAUACUCAGCCUCCACAAUGGAUCUCACUUCGAAAUCACUGAUAUCGAUUUCGAGGACGAACACUGCAUCAUGACUCCCCUUGCUUUGGCAUGCAGCAGAGGGCACGAAGAAACCGUCAAGGUACUUCUCGAUUCUGAUGUACGUCUUGACUCUGGAGUGGCGUUCGGCUAUCCAACACCUCUCGGCCACGCAAUCAAUAACGGACAUCAUGCCGUCGUGCAGCUAUUCAUCGACCUCAGACCAGACGCCGUGGACUUGAACUCCAUCACACAUUGCCGCCGCCGCCCGCCGCUCACUGCCGCCGCCAGAAACGGAUUCUAUGACACGGUCGAUGUGCUCAUUCACCACGGUCAGGGACGAGUUGCGGUUGACACGAUAAAAGACAUCAACAGGCGAACACCGCUAUCCUACGCCGCACAAUUCGGACACUACAAAAUCGUACAGCUGCUGACCAGCCUCCCCGCCGUCAAUCCCAACCGCAAAGACAAGUUCGGCAACACACCGCUCAUGCUGGCGGCACAAAAUGGGCAUGCUGAAAUAGUCAACCUGCUCAUGGACCUCGGCCCAGAAAAGGUCAACGCCAACCACACAAACGUCUCCGGCCGGACGGCGCUGCAGGAAGCCACGGUGCACAACCAUUUGGAAGCCGUGGAAGCCCUCGUGGCCUACCCGCCGGACAGAGUCGACGUCAACGUCUGCACGGAGGCGUUCAUGCAAACGGCGCUUGCGUAUGCCGCGGAAAAAGGCCUCGAGACUAUCGCUCGAGCCCUCGUGAGCCUUGGGCCCGGGAGGGUCCAUCUCGAUGCCAUGGGCUGGCGCGGUGCGACGCCGCUUCUGUGCGCGGCGAGGGAAGGGCAUGUUGGCAUCGUGGAACUGCUUACAGACUACGCACAGGAAGUCGUGGAUGUGAAUGCGGUUGACGUGGAUGGGUGUACUCCCUUGAUAUGCGCGGUCCAAAACGAGCACUACGAGACAGCUGAGUUUCUGGUUGAGCUUGGUGAGAGAGUGGACGCUGGCAUUGCUGAUGUGCGUGGAUUUACCGCCUGGGACUAUGCUUUUCGGCGAGAGGAGAAGUUUGAGAAGCUCCUGCCUGAGCCUUAG